AUGCAAAGGAGCGUGUGCGGCCGGAGGGCUGGCGGUUUCAACAAUAACGCGCCCGCGGGGCCGGCCGUGGGUCCGCGCGCGGCGGUCGCCGGGCUUACCUUGACUCGGCCUCGAGGCGCGCGCGGGGCCGGCGUGCUCGGGGGCCGGGCGGCGGCGGCGGCGGCGGCGGGCGGAUGGCGGCGGCACGGCGCUGGCGGCGGCGAGGGCGCGCCCGGGGCCUCGUCGCGCUCCGGCUCGGCGGCCUCGGCGGGGUCCGGCUCGCGCCGCGGCCGCGGCUGCUGCCGGGGGGCGCGGCGGGCGCAGCAGAGCGGCGGGCGGCGGCGGCGGCGCGAGCGGCUCCCUCCAGUCCCCGCGCGGGCGGCGGCGGCAGCGUCGUCGAGCGACAAUACAAGCGCCUCGGAGCGAGUCCCCGAACCUGCCCUAGCCAAAAUGGCGGCCGAGAAAGAGCGGAAGUGACAAGGCCGGCUGUUGCCCUGGGACUGGACAUUCUUCCGAAUCAGUGAUGGACUCUUCUCUUUGGCCUGAAGAAAACAAGUGGGAUCCCUAGCGUUUGAGGCCACUGGGCUGGUGAAGCCCAAGGAUGUGAAAUGAUGUUGCCAGUGGGCCUCCACAAGAUCCUUAAAAACCAGACUGUAGUCCCAAGCCUUUUAGUGCUCCCACAAUUUGCACAGCAUAGGACACAACGUGGGCCUUUGUAAAUUUAGGUCAACCCCAACCAACACAUUGUGUUCUCAACAUUCUUGAAUCCACCUUUUAUAGUUGAGUGCAUAUGAGUGUCUAUCACUGGCUAGACAUACUUAAAAGUAAUAAAUGUCAAUUGUGAAGGAUUAACCAAACCUGUUAAGAUGUGCUCUGUACAUCUUACACUUAUCUUUUGCUGUUUCUCUAAAUUUCAUGUUAAAAUAGUUUCAAACCAUACGUAACAUCCACAAAGAAUCUUACUUUACUGAAAACAGAACAAACUGUGGUUACAUAUAGCUCAAUGUCUAAGGCUUCAGUUAGCAGGUUUAACAAGCUGUUUCAUCCAACACAGUAUUCCGUUAAUUUCUGAAAUUGUGAUAAACUAUAUCUUUAAAAGCCAAAUCAGUAUUUCAAGGGAAAACAGCUGAAAAAAGUUGUAAAAAGGAGGAGGGGACCCAAAACAUUCAAUUUAGAGAAACAAAGAUGAAGAAGCUAAUUCCAUGUUGCAGAAGACAGGCAAGAACUAAUAUGAAAUAAGCAAAAUAAUUUUAAAUUUAGUUUUCCUUAGAUAUACUUAGAUUUCAUACAGAGAUAAUACCAAUACAAAGGGAGAACAUCUGGAUUUCAUCCUUGGCCCCAUUUACAAAGUAAAAAGGGAUGCUGGAUUCACAUGUAAAUGUUUAAAAAGAUUUUACAGUGUUUAAGUCACCAGAUUUACUACAAAAAUCUAUCUAAAUAGUCCAGAUUCUUUUCUAAAUAACUUCCAAAUGGUGAAAGUUUUCACUGCUCAAAUAAUUUACUGUAAAUAAUGAUAGUGUUGUAAUGAUUGUGGGAAUAAGAACCAAAAGACUAAACAAAGGCAAAAGGUACCUACCCUAGUGAGGUCUGAGAAGACAGUAUUUUAUAGUGGGCUCUCUGAGGUGGUUAUUUAAUCUCUGCUCCACAGAGUUGACAAUGAAAAUUUAACUUUGGGCUCAGACGAGAAAGAAUCUAAACACUCAAAAAAAAUUAUUUUACAUCAGUGGUAAUAAAUUUUCUAGUUGUUAGUAGUGAUGAGAGAAGUCACUUCCCCAAGGAAGAGGGGUCCAUGGUGGGCCAGCUGUUCAGCUCUGCAUAAAAGGGAAACAGAACAGUAGAGGCCCUUAUUGGAAUGUGUCCUAUGGAUUCAACUAUGAGAAUUGGUAAUGUUCAAAACGACACCAAAGGUUUUAUACUCUGAUAUUCAUUUCUGGUAGGAUCUGUUAGAAAUGCAAAUGGAAAAAUCAGACUUGAAGUUUCUUCAGCAGCCAAAUUAAGCCAGGAAAAUGCAGUAGUAGGAAUACUGUUCACUGAAUCUGCUUAUUAAAUGACUUAGAGACGCCCCUUCCUUUUACUUGCUAAGGAAAGUCAAUUUGAUCUUAAGCUUAUUUGCUCAAAGUAUGCCUUACUCAAAAUUUUAAAAGACACUGCGUGAUCUAAAAGCUGUGCUAUACUUGGAAAUUAAUCUUUUUUGCAAUACCCACUUAAGGUGGGUAAAUAGAAUAUUUCUGAGGGCUUUACUGAACAUUUCAACUGGCAGAACAGUUUUCUCAACAGAAGAGCUACAGGGGAUUUAGUCACGUUACUAAAGAUGUAUGCUUUGUUAAGGGUCCUGAAAUAACAUGAAAAAUAUUUUGAGGAAAAAAACAUAGUUGUUUAAAAAUUACUACAGCUGGGAAUUCCCUGGUGGUCCGGUGGUUAGGACUCGGCGCUUUUACUGCUGGGGGCCCCGGUUCAACCCUAGUUGGGGAACUAGGAUCCCACAAGCUGCACAGCACAGCCAAAAAAAAAACCCAAAAA